CAGUCGGUCCAUGUACAUAUUUCCGACUGACUCAGGCGGUGUUCACUCUCUCAACCCUCCCCGCCGUUUUCUUUCCUUUUUUUUUUGUCUUGUCUCUCCGGUCAUCCCCUCAGUACAACCUUCCGCUCUCGCUGAAAGAGAGUGAAAUUUUCACCAUCAUUGUUCCUGCCGUUUCCGAGUCGAAUAAGAACAACAAAAAUGAGUAGCCGACUCCUCCGUCCGUUAACACGGCGUCUGCCACCAACAAGCCCAGCAUGCCUCCGACCGGGCAGGCCAGGGACAUACAGCGUCUCUCAUUUCAUCCCAGUAGUACACAGCAACACCACCUUUCUCCAGAUCCGAAAUAUCUCCAAGCCAUACUCCUCCAAAAACAAGCUCUCCCCCGGCGAAGGCAUGGGUCAUCCACCCACCCCCCAUAACCAAAAACAAGAACAACAAUCCAACCAAGACCAAGACGGCCAAAAAUCCGACGGAUCAUCAUCAUCAUCAAACUCCAACUCCAAAACCUUCUUCAAAAAACCCAGCCUCACCAACACCCUCCUCAUCGCCGCCUUUUUGUCGGGGUACCUCUUCCACUCCAUCAUCCUCCGCCCCAACGACCUCUCCCUGAGAGACGUCCCCGUCCUUUUGGGCAUCACCUCCCCACCCACGCUCAACACCACUUCCUUCGUUCCUUACACCAUCGUUGAGCGCGAGCAGGUGUCGAGUACAGCUUUUGUUUUGGUGGUUGAGCCGUUUAAUCCGCUCCACAACAACGUGAGGAAUGACCUCCAAGAGGCCUGGCAUCACGGCUUGUGGUGCGUCGAGAUUAAACAGCCGCAGUUGCAGGUGGCGAGGGAUUAUACCCCGCUUCCGCCGCCUGUUGGACAAGAAAAAGAGGACAUGGGUAGGGGACGGUUGAGGUUCCUGAUUAGAAAGAUGGAGGGCGGGGAGGUGAGCGGUUAUUUGAGUAAGCUGAAGGUGGGGGAUAAGGUGGAGUUGAGGGGGCCGCAUUUGGGGUUUGAUGUUGCGAAGAGGCUUGGUUUGGAGGGCACAUCUGGGGAAGAGCAGGGACAGGGACGGGUGGUCUUCCUAGCUGGAGGCACCGGCAUCGCGCCGGCGCUGCAGGUGGCUAGGAGGUUGUACGGUCCUGUGUAUGAAAAGGGAACCGGAAAAGAGGAGGAGUGGAAGCAGGUGGAGGAUAUGCCGACAACGCCACCGAAGAUGACGAUUGUGUGGGCGAAUAGGUUGAGGGAGGAUUGUCCUGAUUGCGAGGACUUGGAGGCGUUGAGGAAGAGGGGGUAUUUAAUACCUCCUCCUUCUCUUAACGCUAAGAAUGCCGCUGCUGGCGCUGGUGCUGGUGGUAUCAUGCCCUACCUCCAGGACAUCAAAGCCCAUCACCCCGAGCAGUUCAACUUCGCUUGCACGGUUGACACGGAGAAGGAGUUUAUUGACGCCAAGACUAUUAUUGACGCUGUUGUGUCUACCACCACCCCCAACCCGAAGAAGUCUUCUUCUUCUUCUUCUUCCACCACCACCCUCGCCAAGAGCACGACGACAAACCCCUCUUGCCCCCUCCAUUCCUCAUCUGCCCUAAUCUCCGUCAGCGACAGACAAGACCACGAAGCCAAGUGCAAGUGCGCUUCUCAUGCUAACGGCAAGAACCUCCUCAUGGUGUCCGGACCGGACGGGUUCAUUGCUCGUUUCGCUGGUCCCAAGGCGUGGUCCGAGGGCUUGGAGAGGCAGGGGCAUGUGGCCGGGGUGGUGAAUGAGUUGAUGAGGAGGGGGAAGGUGAGGAAGGAGGAGUGGAUGGUUUUGAAGUUGUAGGGUUGGUUGGGUCGAUGUCAGUGGCUGAUGAGUACGAGAUGGGAUGGGAGGAAAGGAGGGAAAGGUAGUAGGAAAUGGGAAGGAAGAGAAACGUAGGGCAACGUUAGUAAAACGGGCAGAGGUGUUGGGAGGAGCGAGUCCGCGGUUUCUUGUUUGUUCACUGCUUUCUGGUAGAUGUUAUCUGUAUUUUGUACCAUUAUUCGUUGUAAGAUGUAGAGCAAGACCUUAAACUAGACUAGACCUGGGAAUUGAGGAGUACUUGGUUAGGAUUUUACAGGUGCAACUAGCGAACGUUGGAAACUGAGGGAUUUUCU